AUGGCAAGCUCACAAGGAAAGGUCGUAUCUGGGAAGGAGGUUGCGCAACACAACUCGCGCGAAAGCUGCUGGAUCAUUGUCCACGGCAAGGUAUACGAUGUGACGGACUUCUUGGAUGAUCACCCUGGUGGAAGCAAGAUUAUUCUGAAGUACGCGGGGAAGGACGCAACUGCGGAAUACGACCCUAUCCACCCGCCAGAUGCUAUCGAAACACACCUCCCCAAAGAGAAGCACCUCGGCGCUGUCGACCCCGAAACCGUCCUCAAAGUCGAGGUCAAGGUUACCGACCAGGAGAAGGCGCGCCUGGAGCGGAUGGCGAACCGCCCACCACUCUCCGAGAUCCUCAACCUGCACGACUUCGAGGCUAUCGCGCGCGAGGUGAUGCCAGAGAAGGCGUGGGCGUACUACAGCUCUGCAGCGGAAGACGAGAUUACGAACAGGGAGAACCACAGCGCUUACCACAGGAUAUGGUGGCGGCCGCGCAUCCUACGAGAUGUCACGAACGUGGACUUUGCGACGAAGAUUCUUGGAUACGAUACCAAGCUGCCUCUGUAUAUCUCGGCAACCGCGUUAGGGAAGUUAGGCCAUCCUGAUGGCGAGCUGAACCUGACCAGGGCCGCGGCGAAGCACGGCAUCAUCCAAAUGAUCCCGACCCUUGCGUCAUGUUCCUUUGACGAAAUCGUGGAUAACGCGAAACCUGGCCAAGUGCAAUUCCUCCAGCUAUAUGUCAACAAGGAACGCGAGAUUACCAAGAAGUUUGUGCAACAUGCGGAGAAGCGCGGCAUCAAGGCCCUUUUUAUCACCGUCGACGCCCCUCAACUCGGUCGCCGCGAGAAGGACAUGCGCCAGAAAUUUGACGCGGAGGACCCGGCGGAAGUCACGGAGAACAAGCAGCAGGACAAGGUCGACCGCUCACAGGGCGCUGCGCGUGCUAUCAGCUCGUUCAUUGACCCCGGCCUGGACUGGAAAGACAUUCCUUGGUUCCAGAGCAUCACGAAGAUGCCCCUCAUCCUCAAGGGUGUUCAGUGCUGGGAGGACGCGCUCCAAGCCUACGAUGCGGGUCUCGCUGGCGUCGUCCUCUCCAACCACGGCGGGCGGCAGCUGGACUUCUCGCGUUCUGGUGUUGAGGUGCUCACGGAGGUCACGCGCGAGCUCGGGAAGCAGCGUGGACUCAAGUUCCCGAACGAGAAGUUCCAGCUGUUCGUCGACGGAGGCGUCCGCCGUGCGAACGACGUCCUCAAGGCCGUUGCGCUCGGGGCGACUGCAGUCGGCGUCGGGCGGCCAUUCCUCUACGCGUUCUCAUCGUAUGGCUUUGAGGGUGUGGACCAUGCGCUGGACAUUCUGGAAGACGAGUUCGAGAUGAACAUGCGCCUGCUUGGUGCGCGCAACCUGAAGGAGAUCAUUCCUGCAAUGGUCGACGCCUCCUCACUGCAUUCGCACGUCGUCGCUGUCCCGGGUGACAGACUGUACGACUCCAACUACGAGGGCAUGCAGCACGCUCGCCUGCGGGAGGUCAAGUCGAAGAUUUGA